AUAAUCGCUGAAGAGAAGGGAGAAAUAUUUCGAAAGUCGCUUCGCAGCGAACGGGGUUCAGAUAGUGAUGACAUCGAAGAAAUAAGCAGCGACGCUGAAAAUCACAGAAAGACGAAAGAAAGGAAAACAGACGAAGACGCUGCACGUAAAUCCAGUGAAAGAGGAAGAAAAGAAUCUAGUAAAAAGGUAAACCUGUUACAACAGUUUUCAUUUUUUUUUACACUGAUAUAGUUCAGUAGAGCCAAGAGGAUGUAAUGGGAAUCCCCUUUAUCAAAAGGUUUGAAACGAGCCGUUUAGGGAUGACAGCUUCACGUCGAGGGCUAAGGACAUUAUUUUUCGGAAAAAAUGUGCAAUUAUAAGUUCCCCCACCCCCAAAAAAAAGGAAUCGGGACGUCAUAAUUAAUAUUAUUAAUUACCUGAAAGUUGUCUUUUCAUGUCUAUCUUUUGUUAGGCAUCUGCCGAAUAUUUGACCUAGUUGUGCUUAACUUGAAAGGUUACAGAAAUAAAACGUAAAAACACUGACAUCUUUAGACUAUCGGACUUAAAGAUUCUUACCUAAUUUCAGUUUGAAAGUUAAUUGAAAGUUUCAGCCAAUUACUAAAUCUUCAUAUAAAUAAAAACUACAAUCUUAGGCAGAAUAAAAUGAAAUAGCAAACCCCCUUCCUCGCGAAAUCGAGGGAACAUCGGAAAGAUUUGGGCGGGGGAGGGAGGUGUUUCUGAUAACGUUGGCUUUUAUUUUUUCAUUAGCAAAUGACAAGUUCACAUCAUAGGAAAGGACUGGCUUCCAGAGAUUGUACAAGCAAAAACAGACAUACUGAGAGAAGAUCGAAACGUAAAAGUCCUGAUAAAGAGGUACACUAUUAAAAAAUUCCAUGAGUUGUAUGGUAGUAGGUAGUAGGUACUGUUAAUCUUUUUAAAGUAAUUUCGUCAACGGUGAUCUAUCAUACUCCUUUAAAUGCUAGUUUUCGUGCAGACGUCUUUAAAUAAUGCUUGGCUGCGACUUUUAAUCUGGAAAAACUUUGUUUUCAGCCCAACCUCUAUACCUUUGGCAACACCUAAAUCACGUUUGUAUAAGCCCAGUGGUAUUUUUCCUUCCUAAUAUGUCUGUUAGACUGUUACAGUGUAGUAACCUGGGUAAAUGGAAAAACAUGGAAUAAUUUAUUGCAAAUUAGCUCAAAACAAAAUGCUAAUAACUGAUCAGUAGAUAAUUAAAUGGAUUAAGGGCAGAGUUAUGAAAUCAGCCUUUAACAAAUCAAUAACUAUAACUACUAAAAGACAAAAUGGCUUUGAGUUUAACAUUCACCAGUAAAUGCAUUAAUUUCAUUUAUUUCAGGACCGUAACAGCAGAAAACAGCAUCACAAUAAUUCAAAGGACUUCAUCAUUUCAAAGAACAGAAUAACUGUAAGAAAAUUACCUCAUUUUGUCAGAAAACGUAAACUCUACUGUAAACAAACAAUCAAACAAGACAAUUUGUGGCUUUUGCUCUUAACUUGCCUUUGUUAUUCACAGAGAAGUUUAGGCAUCUACAACAAAGCAAAGAGAUCCGACACUGUAAUGAGAGGUAAGAAGACAGGAAAGCAAGUAAAAAAAGUAAAUUCAAACCUCUCUGCAAUGGCCACAACUUUGGGGAGGGACAGAAGUAAAUAGGCAUUGUAGACAUGUUAAAACAUGAGUUGAUGUAUAUAUCUGUUGGUACAAAAAAGUGUUUUCUGUAGAGAGAUGGUCUUUAUGCUUGACUUUCAUCUUUUGAAGAAUGCCUUCACUGAAGAAGGGAUUUUUUUAAUGCUAAUUACAGUGGAAAAUACUAUUUGUCACGUCUCUACAAUGGCCUCUUUUUUUGUCCAAACAGAUACAAACACCCCCAUUUCAAAUACUUACUUCUGUCCAAGAAGGUGGCCACCGUGGCAAGUUUCAAUAGUUUUUAAGAAGAGACAAAAGGGUAAUGGUGCCCUACUUCCACUCCUGCAAAAAAAUGCCUUUUAAAUGAAUUCAUUCAUUGUUACCUUUAGUCUUUUUGUUUUAUGGCAGAGAAUCUCAAGAAGAAGUUCUGUAAAAAGGUUUGUUACUUAAAUGUCUACACCAGUUAGUUGCACAUGGCAGUGACCAACUCAAAAGCCUAAGCUCCUUUGGUCAAAUGCACAUUUUUGUAGUAACCCUCUUGAAAUGGUGCAAAAAAUAAAAAAAUCUGAAAUCUGUUAGUUCUCAGGAAAAAAUCCUAUAAUUGUAAUUAACUGUCAUGGAUAUUACAAGCAUCAUAAAUGCCAUUUAGAGUGAUUUUAAUUAACCUGUGAAAUAGGUAGUAGAAUACUAUGCACUGUUAUGCACUAAUUCUAUUGUCUUCUUUUGUUUAUUUGUAGCUAUUUUGCACUAGUUGUUAUUAACUGUUUCACGGGUCAACUGAAAUUGCUCUAAAGCAAAAGAAGUGCAUUGUUAUACUUGCAGAAGUGUUAGAUAAGGAAUAUGUGGAAUUUCAACCUUUUUUGUUUUUUUCAUUCAGAAAUUUGAGGACAUCAAAACUCAAACUGCAAGAGAUAUGGCCAGGGUUCUGGACUGUUCCUCAUUCAAACUAGAGUCACCAUCUUGCAGUGCUGGUUUGCUUGAUGGGCAAGGUAAAUGGAGAAAUCCAAAAUGUUACGGGCCAGUUAUUUAAACAGAGUGUAGCCAGUGUUUAACAAAAUCCUGCUCUUAAACUAAGAAUGCGUUUGUCCUCUUAAAAUGACCCACUGAUUUCCUAAACAGUAAAUAACUGACCCUAAGUGUUUUGACUGAUUGGAACACCUUUAUGGGUGUAAUGUGCAAAGUGCACUUGAAACAUGGGAUCUAAUUUAGUAUAAUGUUGAUAGACAUUACAUUGAUAUUUCCUCUCACUUGUUUCCAACGAGUGCAUGGAAAUUAGUUCUUCUCUUAAACAGUGCUGGAAAUCAUGCAUAAAAAUAAUCACUAUUUAAGAUAAUAUGGAGAAUUCCUAUCACAAUGCUAAGGAAACCAGUAAGAUUUUGCUCCUGGAUUUCUUGUUGCACAAAAUUUUUUUCCUGGGUUUUACAUUGUUACUUCCCUCCACCCCAAAAAUAUUAUUAAUAAUAAUAAAAUAAAAUAUAAAUUUUGAUGGUAUCUAUUCAGAAUUCAAAUUAAACGCUGCAGGAAUGCAUGUCUGUGAUAUAUAACUGCUGAUUGACUGAUCAAUUUAUUUUUCAUGUAUUAAUUUCUAGAUUCUCCAGACCAUUCCAAUUUUCGAGGUUCAGACCAACUGUAAGUUGAACCAGUGAUUACUUUCAGCAAAGACAUGCAAUACUUUAUUAAGUGCUCUAAGGGUUUAUUAAACUAAAUAAUAGUAAACUCUCCUUUGUUUUUUUCUAGAACACAGAGUCCUUCAGGAAGUAAUAGGACUCACAGGUAACAAAAGUUAAAUAUUGCAAUAAUUCCUGAAUACUUCACACUGAUGAACUACCAAAUCUGUUAACAAGGUUUAGAUACAAUAAUAAAAAUGCACUAAAUGCAGCUUUUAACAGCCUCUGUAGCCUUGUGCUGUGGACAAGUUAAAAAGUAUGCGCUACAUGUAAGUUACAUUAUAUUUCUCUAAUCAGUAUCCUCCUACAGUGUAGUGUAAAACCACUCAAUAAUUCCAGCAUGUUAACUGUGCUGAGUUAUUUUGUCGUCAUGUGUUUAUGCAAUCUCUCAUCUUUUACUGCUUUCUUCAUCAUCAAGAAUGAUUUAUUUGAAAGAUAUUCAUUUUAUACAGUUCCUGCAGUUCAACUGGAAAAUACAGCAAUCCUGAAAAAUGUAGAAUCACUCCUCUUCGGAGAAUUACUCCACGUAGAAUUACACCUCAUAAUGAAAUGGCACUGGCUUUCAAGGUAUGUGUAUGUAGACAUUCAUUUUGUUGAUUACUCAUAAAUUUUAGUUUUAGAUUUACUUCGCUCCCAGCCCUCUCUUACCUCUGGAUAUCUGGAUCUGUGAUACUCUCCAAUGAGGUUCUCAGUGUGAAGGUGCCUGAAGGAUGACACAGGAUUGUCAUGGUUACCAUCCACACUGCCUUUAGUCUCCCUCCUUUUGGCCUGGCAUCUUCCCCACACCAAACUACCGAUAAGUUUAAUCAAUGACCAGCUACGUCAUGUUUUCUGCCAACUGAAUUUUUUUACUAAAUUUUUCAAGUUUGCCUUUCGGUAUUCCCAUCCAUGCGAAUAAAAUUCCACUUCUUGUCAGUGGGUCUCAGCAGCAGCAAAAUAUUAAACUUAGCCCCUUGAGUCUGCAAGUUAGUGAUCAUAAUAUUGAUCCUUUGUUAACCCUUUAAGUCCCAAUAUCUGCACACAAAUUCUCCAGACUGAUCUCCAUACAUUUCCUUAAAGAAUUAGUUGAGAGAAUUUGAUAACAGAUCAAAGCAUUUUUCCUCGUGUAAUCAUUUCACUAAUUCUAAUAACCUUCCUUUCCCUAGGUAUGAGCAAUAUUAUUAUAUUAACCAAAUAUGUAUAGCCUCUUGUUUUUUUUUGGUUUUAUCUAUCAGAGUCAUUCUUAUAAAUUUUAUCUAGAAAACUAUGAAGAAAAUGUACAGUGCUUAUAUGUUAAAAGGUGCUAGAGCAAAUUAAUAAAUUUAUUGUUAUUAUUAUUUUAUGACAGUUUUUAAAUGUUAUAUUUUAAAAUACCUCUCUUUUAAGCUUUUAUGGUGUUAAUUAAUUUAGGACUGUGUUAUAUAAUUGCUUGUAUAUUUCAUAGAGUUUGUAAAUUAAUAGGUUGGAUAUAAAUGUAAAUAUGUAAGGAGCAUUUGAUCAUAUUAAUUUGCACCAAGAACAAAAAGCAAUAAAUUAUUAAUAUGUUUGUUUUUUUUUAUGGCAGCAUGUUCUUUUAACAGCAAAGAGUGGUGCUGCUAACGCUUGAUAUAUGACAUUUUAGUUGUUUUGUUAUUAGACACCAUUACAAGAAAUAUCACAAAACUUAACAGGAAUGCUUAACCCUUCAGAGAUAUUUCAUGGAAGAAGUGAGUUUAUUAUUCACCAUUAUUUACAUUUCAACCACUGAUUAAUUAGUGAGGGACAUUUUAGUGUGUGGGAUAAUUAAAUCUGUUCCUUAUAAUCAAUGCAUAAGAAAGUUCAAGUUGAAUUACCCAUGUAAAAUAGUAAAAAAAAUGUGUAAAAUAUUAAUUCUUACUAAUACUGUGUAGAGAUGUAUAAAAUAAAUGAUGUAUUAUACUAUAAUUCAAUGUUUAGUACAGUUUUAUGCCAGCCACUGCUAAAACCCUUCCCAUUUUCUUAGACUACCUUGCAGAACUACAAGGACAGCUGAGAAAAAUGUACAAGCAAAGGUAAAUAAAAUAAUACUCUUCAUGAUGCAGUGCUCUGCAAAAUUAUGGGCUGUUGCUCAAUUUGUUGGGAUUUUCUCCAGUGCUCUAUUUUCUCUUCACAUAGGGUAACAUGUAACAUAGUUUUUUAAAUAUUCAGGUGCUGGCAUGUUUUUGUUUCCCAGUGUAUUUUCAUGGAAUUGUGUGUAUUAAAAUUUAUUUUCUUGUUCAUUCUAAGUUCUGUCAGCAGUCAGGCACAAAGGAUGAGCAACAGGAUCUGUGUUGCCUCAGAAGUUCAAAAACGAUGCUUGAAAAGGAAAUCUGAGGGUAAGUGUAACACCGUUAUAUCCAAUAAUCACUGGAGAAAGUGCUUGAUAAAGUCCCCCCUUGUAGAAGCAGACAUAUGCAAAACCUAUGCUCAUGCUAUUUGUUUACUAUGUUGGACUAUGUUUCAGCUAUGUUAUGUUCACUACUGCCUAUGUAUUAACUAUGUAACACACCAAACAACAUAGUCCAAAGUAUGCAAAAUCUAUGUUGAAACUAUGUUUAGGCUAUUUGAAAAGCACAUAGCUUUUUAAUACCUAUGCAAAUACUAUUCAAAAUCUUUUCAUAGUCUUGACAUAGCUAUGUAUUUACUAUGCAAUAGAAAGUUCUGCUUUUCCUUCCGAUUAGCAUCCUAUGUAUUCACUAUGCAUCAAAGUAAAAUAGCUUUUACAUAGCAUUUCGAUCUUCACUUUUAUUUCCAACAAGUUUCUUAGCUUUUACAUAGUGCUAUGUAUAUUCUAUGCUAUGUGAUGAAACAUAUUUGCAGCCUAUGUAUUCACUAUGUGACAUUUUCAUUUAGCUUUAUCAUGAGAUAAAGGCUACAUAGCUUUUACAUAAACAUAUUUUUUCCUAUGUCACUCAUAUGAAAAAUAUAUGUAGUCUAUGCGUUUCCUAUGUGAUAUUCCAACAUAGCUUUUAAGUGACUAGGCAUGUUGAUGGUAGCGCUUACAGAAGGCUAAGCAUACUUCCAAAGUAAAAAGCAGUGUUUUAAACUAAAACACUGAAAAAUCAUGUACUAUAAUUUUUUUUGUGCUUGCAGAUAGUUUCUUAGUGAGAAGACUUUUGUUAAGCAUUGAAUCGCUACAUCCAUCAUCCCUGUCUUAACUUUCCUUUCUAGCUUUUCCCUAGAGUUCUUCACUUGAAAUGGUACUUCCAUGCAUCAUUUUCUUCUUUUACAUUGGGUUCGAUCCUUCGUCUUGAUUGUGGACGUCUCCUGAACAUAACUGCAUGGUCAAAACUACGAAAUGCUACCUGCCUCGGUGGAUGUUUGUCAGCCAUUUUGUUUCCACUAGUUCCCAGGGAAGCCCGUGAGUUCAACACAUGCGUAUUUUGCGUUUUAUCGUCACGUGGGCCUUUUCAACCAAUGAAAAGGUGUGAAAAUUGUCUGUUUCCACGCGGGCGCUUUCAAGUCAAAGAAGACGAGCUGUAAGCGUGCGUUUUUACAAGAAGACGCUUCUUUUUACUUCAAUUUACAGUCUUUUUCCUGCCAGGUUCCACAAAAAGUAUUCCUAACGUUGGUAAGUGAUGUUUUUCUCAAUUAAGUUUCGAUCUGCCUGUGUUGUCUCCCCUUUUCGCGUAUCUGAACAAGGAUCGGUCGAUCACGCUUUGAUAUUCCUUCGUUUCAAUUCUAAAACGUCUGGUUGUUUUUAUGUUCAUUUGCCUUAAAAUCUCCACUUUUCUGUUUGCAGAUACUUAUUCGUUGUAGUCAAAAGGAAACUGUAUGGCACUGAAGAGCACGACAUCAGCAAAAAGUCUACACGAUAAGCAAACUUAAACUUGGGGUUUCGAUUCUGAAACCUCCAUGAAAAUACUGCAUUUGUGUUACUAUUAGUGUUCGUGGUAUUAUAUUGCCAUAGUUUUUCAAUUUUUCGUUUCAAAACCUAUUUCUUACCAAUGUAAAAGGUAUUCUAAUUCAUAUUUUUAUACUAUUUUUACUAUUUUGGUGAUUUUUACGAACGUAUUUUAAACACUACAUUUGCUUAAGCAGAUCGAAACCUACAUACAUAAGAGACUAUGUCAAUUCUAUGUAAUUUCUGUUUGAACUCUAGUUACAGCUUGUGUAUGUGAUAUGUUUUACCUAUUCAAAUACUAUUAAAAUCCUAUUUCAAACCUAUGCAAAGACUAUUUGUUCUGUGUUUUCCCUAUUUUAAUGCUAUGCAAAGUAUAUGUCACCUUUAAAAAGGCUAUGUUUUUCAUAUGUUUUUUCUAUUUCUAGGCUAUCUAAAUUCUAAGCAAACCCUAUUCAAAAGCUAUGUAAUCAACUGUUCCCUGUUCCAUUUUACUAUGUAAACUCUAUUUCAGUCCUAUGUGAAGGCUAUUUAUUUUCUAUGAUUUUUCUAUGAGGUUGACUAUGAAGUCUAAAAUCUCUUUCCACAAGCUAAGUAAACUGUAUGUAUAGGCUAUGUGGAAACUAUGUCAUUUCUUCCUUUUUUCCUACCUUUAAAAACUACAUAGCUUUUAAGUAGGUUCCGUUUGACUAGCGAAAACAUAGCAUUUUCGAUACAAAAAACAUAGUCCUGGCAUAGAAACAACAUAGGAUCUGGUUAAAGCAAUGUAUGAGUGAUUAACAUAGGUUUUGCAUAGCUUUGUGACAUAGCAUUUGCAUAGAUUCUACAUAGUGUCUGAUUCUACAAGGACCAUAAUCUUUAUGACCCUUCUCUCCAACAUUUUUCUCUUGAAGAAGAGUAUGUAUGUACAAGCCUUGAAAGAACAGCUCCUCAAACAGUGGAACAACAACCUAACCCCUGUUUGGUGGGGAGUGAGCAACAAAUAAACACACCUGCCUUCCAACACAGGACAAGUGAUGAUAUCAAAAAGCACAACAGACAAAACCAAACUGUUACUUCUAGAUGUACCUGUACAGAAACGAAAACAAGCAGAGGAGCAUCUCAAUCAAACCUACAUUUCCAGUUCCAGGUAAAAUUUAUGACACUUAAAAGACACAAUUUUGCUUCCUUUUUAUGCUUCACUAUUUCUGAGUAUGCAAGAAUGUUAUCUGAACUUGAAUGUUACUACAACUUAGGUCAAGGCUUCUGCUUAAAAUGAAACUUCAAAUAAACUUCAAAUAUGAGAAAUGUAAAUCAACUUCAAAGGGACCUAUAACUUCAUAACAAAAUUUUCUACUUUUGCAGGACAAAUAUGUGAGUGGAGUAAGCAAUAGAGAGAGAAAGAUUCUUGAUGAGGAAAAGGAAAAUGAUCUUUUACAUGCUAGGGAUGUUCAAAGAUGUUUAUUUGGGCAACCAGAUGCUUCAUUUUCCCAAACAGAAAGGCACACCAUGGUGUCAACUCAACACAGCUCCUCAUUUGACAUUUUAGACUUUCUUGAUGGGGUUGACCAUGAAUCAGACAUAUCAGGAGAAACUCAAGCGCACAGAGAUUAUAUGACUCCUGACCCAAAGCUUGUUUCACCACCAAAGAAACCAGCACUAGACUCACCAACACCAGAGAAGAAAUUCUACCCUCAUAAGCUGUUCUAG